CUUAUCGAUAUUCAUGCGUUGCACCGCAUUUCCGUCUCAUGGAUCGGGACCUCGGGACUCUCUUUCGGGGGGAUCUCCUUCCCCCGUCGCAACUUCAUCAUCCACCCCGACGUCGCACCUCGCCGCGAGCCAGACUGGCAGCAUAAACUUUCCGCUCAAGGGGCCGAAAUAUGCCUCAAUUCACUCCUUUGCAGCUAAAGAUAAAUAUAAAGAACCAUCACGACCUGGGAUUCAAUCUCACCUCCAAACGUCCAGUCCAUAUUGACCGGCCUCCCCACGUGCCCCUCCAAGAGCGCAUCUCGCCAGCAGCCGUAGCGACCCCAUCCACACCUGCUCGUCGCAAGAUGACUACACUCCCGCCCAUCUCUGAGCUUUCCAGCGCCUCCAUAAACACCCAGAUACAGGCCCUCGACCUGCUCUUCGAGCCUUCCAAACAAUUGCACACCCUGGCGCUCCCGGCCCUGAAAUCGAAAAGAACCCCCGCUAACACGGUCACCUCCGCCGCCAGUGCUGCGGAACCCGCCUUUGAUUCCUACCCUGCACUUGUACAACAUAUCGCCUCUCUUCUUCUCCAGCUUGCCCAGUCAGACGAGCCAUCCGCCAAGCAAAAGUUACAUGCCAUUCUGGGAUCGCACCCGCGGCUGGGGGCAAAGAAAGUGGACAGUACGCAAUCGCAGGCUGAACAGGCCUCGCUCAAUGCAGGUACCGCCGAUGAAGCUGAAAAGCUCAAGGCUUUAAAUGAUGAGUACGAGGCCACAUUCCCCGGCCUCCGAUACGUUGUCUUUGUCAAUGGAAGGAGUAGGCCUGUCAUCAUGGAGAACAUGAGGCAGAGGAUUGAUAGAGCCGAUAUCAGAGAGGAGGAGCGUGAGGCCAUACGCGCCAUGGUAGACAUUGCCCAGGAUCGAGCCAAGAAGCUCCAACUCGUGCAACAAUGAAUAAAUGGAAUUGCCGCG